UGAAAAGACGCAUGAAAAGGCGUGCCAAAAGCACUAUAAAACAUUAGGGAAAUCCCGCAGUCUGGUUACAUAUCAUUGAGCAGAAGAAAAGACUUACUUUCGCGGAUUACCUGGAAAAUAUAUGCCAUCUGAUUACCAACGACUCUUCACUGUAUGCUCUGAAGUGCAGAUGUUUAUAACCUGUGUGGAGUAAAGUGGUGUGAAGCAAUAUACGACUAUAUAUGUUAAGAAUGUGUCCUACCUCAGCAACAGAGAUGGAAAACAGCUCGCCAUCAGACAGCAUCUAUGAAACCUAUGAAUUUAAGAUGCUAAUGGUCUAUGUCCAGCGUAGGAGGCCUACAUUAGACUCCCCAGAUGGCAAGAAAAUAGAGCAAGCAGAUGCAGCUGGUGAGGAGAACAAGCAGAAAGGUUCAGCAAAAAAACAAAAGAAAUGGAAAGGUUGGAAGAAACUUCUUCCCAAGUGUGUGACGUCACCUGAUGUAGUUGUUGGCCAUGAGGAAGAUGCAAUAGCAAACCGGAUGCUACAAAAAGAGGAUAACUCCGAAAAAGUUGCAGAAAAACUUGGAGAGAUUCUUAAUUCAAAUGAUCAUUUCAAGAAUUUGUCACUAUCUUUGGAAAGUCUUGAGACAGAUGGAAAUGAAGAUGAAGAGCAGGACGUGAUCCAGAAAGUCGUGAACCUAAUAAGAGAGUCUGGCGACCAACUCAAUGAACGGAUUAAAGAAGACAAAAGAAUUGAACAGUGCUUAACUGAGACGUUUACAUACAGCCUAUUUAAAAAUGUACUUGAUUUGUUUUUCAAACAAUCAAUGAAUGUCAAGGAUGAGGUUAAGAUUGCAUACACUGCUGAACUCACAACAAAAUUUUGUGCAAUUGACCAUCAUCCCAUGAAUAUGGUAUUAGGAUUUGGAGCCAAGUAUUUGCAAGAUAAUUUUAGUCAAUGGAUUCAGAGUCAUGGUGGAUGGGAAAAAGGGUUGCAGAUCACUGAUGAGGAGGAGGUUGAAUAAGCUUUUCUUCUAACUUCAUCUUUAAUUAAUUUCAUAUGCUUCCAUUCUGUUCUUUUAAAGUCCUUUGUGUUUUUUCAGUGCUAAAGAGACGAUAAACCCUAGUGGCAAGCACAAGGAAAGCAGUCAGAGCCAAUGGAUUCUACAGCUAUACCAUCUACUGUACUUUUAUCCAUUUCAUUACCUUGCUUGCUGACAAAGAACACAAAAAAAAACACAACAAGCUUCCUAACAACUUUAAAAGUCUGUAAAAUAAGUUAUAAAAAGAAAGACUUUUUUCUAUAGUAUUUAGUCUUCUGAUGCUGUUGGACAGACUAAAGAAUCUUUUAGACUGUGAUUAUAUUAUUAUUAUGUUAUGUAGAAUACCCAGAGGGGACUGGCCGGUCUCAUGGUCUGGAAUCCCUGCAGAU